AUGUUGAGCCUCGCUUGGAGCGCGCAGUCCAGCUUCGUCGCCGCCCAGCUGCCCAUCCCUGCUCAAAACACAAGCAACUGGGCGCAAUACGAUCCGUUCUUCCCUGUUGAACCCUACGCGGCACCACCGGACGGGUGCACAGUCACACAGGUCAACCUGCUCCAGAGACAUGGUGCGCGAUGGCCGACAUCCGGCGCGGGGGGACGACAGGCAGAUACUCUAGCGCGGUUGCAGGCGGCGGGACCAUUCACCGAUCCAAAGUAUGAGUUCUUGAACACCUUCGUGUACGAUUUCGGUGUCGACGACCUGCUGCCGUUUGGAGCGAAUCAGUCUCAACAGACAGGCGCCGAUAUAUUCAAUCGCUACUCUGCGCUAGCCGAUGAGAACAAUAUCCCCUUCGUGCGCGCGGCGGGCGACCAACGCGUCGUCGACUCUUCGACCAACUGGACUGCGGGCUUUGGGGACGCUUCCGGGGAGACCGUACUCCCUGUACUUCAGGUUGUGCUCUCAGAGGACGGCAACUGCACUCUCUGCAACAAGAUGUGCCCCAACCAGGUCGACGGCGACGAAUCCACAACCUGGCUAGGGGCCUUUGCGCCGAAUAUCACUUCACGAUUGAACGCCGCGGCUCCAGGCGCCAACCUCUCCGACAGCGACACGCUUAACCUCAUGGACAUGUGUCCAUUCGACACACUGAGCAAAGGCGUCGCCAGUCCCUUCUGCGACCUCUUCACGGCUGAGGAGUACGCGUCGUACGAGUAUUACUACGAUCUUGACAAGUACUACGGCACGGGUCCCGGCAACACCCUUGGUCCGGUCCAAGGUGUCGGAUACGUCAAUGAGCUCCUUGCUCGUCUGACUGGCAAAGCCGUCCAGGACGAGACGCAAACGAACCGCACGCUCGACAGCGACCCCGCAACAUUCCCAUUCAACCGCACCUUCUACGCCGACUUCUCGCACGACAACACCAUGAUACCCAUCUUCGCUGCGCUCGGUCUGUUCAAUUCCACCGCGCUCGACCCGCUCUCGCCGGACCCGAAUAGGCUGUGGGUGAACUCGAAGUUGGUGCCGUUCUCUGGCCAUAUGACGGUCGAGAAGUUGGACUGCUCUGGGAAGGAGUCGGUCAGAGUGCUGGUGAACGAUGCGGUGCAACCGCUGGAGUUCUGUGGGGGAGUUGAUGGCGUGUGCGAGCUUGAGGCGUUUGUGGAGAGCCAGGUGUAUGCGCGGGAGAACGGGCAAGGCGACUUCGAGCUGUGCGGAUUCGUUCCAUCGUAA